GAACUCACGAACCGUGAGAUCAUGACCUGAGCCAAAGUCGGACACUUAACCAACUGAGCCACCCAGGGGCCCUAAUUCUUUUUAUGAUAGUAUCUACUACAAAUGUUGCACAUUACAUAUGAAGGUUUUGCAGCUUGGACUUUUUUAAAAAAACUAUCAUUUCGUCAUUCUGAGUAUGAGGGAUUGUGUCUGUGUUUCAAGUCUGACCACAGUAAAUGAUGAGACACAACAGCUCUGAACAAUUUCCAGGAAGCCUGGCUUUACCCUAAGCUGAACCACCCCACCCCAUCCCCCCCCCCCCCCCCCCGCCCUGCACCACCCAUAGGCAAAGCAAAAAGAGCCUGUAUGCAUCACCUUUCCUUAUUGCAGUCAACUUACAAACAUGAGCUGGGCCCCAUUUCAUGGCAUCCUGUGUACUUCUCAACUUUUCUGGGUCACCGCUCAGCAGAAGCAGCGCCAUACCACCCAUAGUCAUCAGCCUGGCAUGUCUUGAGUUCUUCACCCAAAGGAUCUGGGCACAAGUGGGUGGUCCUCCUGUGCUGUGCUCCUCCCUGUCUGCCUGGCCAAGCCCAGUGGUUCCUCAAGGACAAUGUGUGACUCUUCAGUGUCACUCUCAUUGCAGGUUUGGCAUGUUCAGACUGUACAAGGUCACUGGUGCCCUCAUUGCUGAACUCCACAGCAUAAUGUUGCAGGACAGCUUCCUCGCUGGCCCUGUAACCCCAGCACAUGCAGGAACUUACAGAUGUUGUGGAUCCUACCUUGGCUCCUCCUCUGUGUGGUCACCACCCAGUGACCCCCUGUUGAUUGUGGUCACAGGAGUCUACAGAAAACCUUCCCUCUCAGCUCAGCCAGGUCCCCUGGUGAAAUCAGAAGGGAACAUGACCUUGCAUUGUCGCUCAGAGAUCCAGUUUGAAAGCUUCGUUCUUCACAGUGAGGAGCUAUCCAAGGCCCCUUGGCACCUUCCUGGGCAGCCCCAUCGUGAGGGUUCCCAUGCUAACUUCAUCAUGGGUCCUGUGACAGCUGCCCAUGCAGGGACCUACAGGUGCUUCGGUUUUCUGAAUCACUCCUUCUAUGAGUGGUCUACCCCCAGCGACCUCCUGGACAUCAUGAUCACAGGUCUACAUAAGAAACUUUCUCUCUGGGCCCAGCUGGGUGCCGUGCUGAGUUCAGGAGAGAACAUGACCCUGUCCUGCUGCUCAGAGAGCAACUUUGACGUGUACCGUCUACCCAGGGACGGGCAGCUCUGUGGGCACCAGCUGGCUGAGGGGCAGAGGCACGAUGGUGCAUCCUGGGCCCACUUCCUUCUGGGUCCCGCAAAACCAGCCCUGGGUGGGACCUACAUAUUCCAUGGCUCUUUCAACUCCUCUCCCUGUGAAUGGUCAGGCCCAAGUGACCCACUGUACCUUUCUGUCACAGGAAACCUGUCAAGUAGUUGCCUUCCAUACAGAGAACCAAACUCCAAAACUGGUAACCCCAGACACUUGCAUGUUCUGGCUGGCCCUUUAGUGGCCAUCGUCUUCCUCACCAUCCUUCUUUUUUUCCUCACUCAUCGCUGGUGCCAUGCCACAAAGAAUGCUGCUAUAAUGAACAGAGAGCCUGAGGUGGACAGAAUGGUGAGUAGGGAGGAUCCUCCAGCAGAAGACGCACAGGAGGUGACAUACACAGAGUUGGGUCAUUGCAUUUUCACACAGCAAAAAACCACCCCCACUUCCCAGGGGCCCAAGGAACACUCGAGUGAUGCCAGUGUAUACAUGGAAUUUGUAAGGCCAAUCAAGGCUUGAAUGCUAUGCCUGAGCACACCCAGAAAGACCCUGAGGAGGCUUUAGACCCAUGGAUGCCAUAGCUCUUUCUGAAACCUCGCUUGACAACUCCGUCCUAACAACAAAUUAUGUCUUCAGAUUCAUCUCACCCUAAGAUGAGAUAAAAACCUCAGGACCCCCUAGAAAACAUUCGUAGGAUUGUUGUCCUUGUUAUUCUCAUCUCUACCAUCUAUUCCCUAAGUUCUCUGCCCUGCUCUGUGCUAUGGUUGUGCUAUGGUAAAGGGUAGGAGCUGAUCCCUAUUGAUUUUGACUUUGGCUUCCUUGCUGUCUGGCUCCAUUGGACCCUGUCAAUAGAGACCUCCCUAUAAUUAUGCUGAGUCAAUUUCUUACUUAGUGCUAUCUUUAACUGCUACCAUUUAUAUAACUCCACCUUAAAGUGAAUUAUCUACAUACUGCCAAAAUCAAGAAUUAUGAUAUUAAGAAUUCUCCAAGACCAUUUGCCUGUGACAGGACCAAAUAUCUUACCCAUGAAUUAAGACACGAUGCAUAGUGUGAAGUAAUGUGUCCCCAGGCUAAGACUGUAAAUAAUUUUGUUCUUCAUUGUUUACAGGGUAAACAACUGUAUUGCUCUCACAGGCUAAAAUGUGAAACACACUAGGGGGUCAGAGAUGUGUUGUUGUUUUUUUUAAUGUUGAUGGUCUUUUCUCAUUACAGAAAAGACAUUCACUCUUUGUAUAAAAGUUGGAAAAUAGAUACAGAAAAAAGAAAAAAUCACCAAUAAAUUUAUCAUCAGAUAAUCAUUUUAAACACUUGCUGCUUUAAUUUUGGCUUAAAGUACUCAUGUGUGUGGUUCGACAGAAUUUUACGCAUUUGCACCUUUGCAACCACCACCUGUGCCAAAAUGUAGAAUAUUCUUAACACCCCAGAAAACUUUCUUGGCCCUUUUUGUGGGUAAGUUCUGACUUCCGUUACUAUGCUACUAUAAACAAAUAAACAAAGCUACCAUCUAUCUACUAUUAAUCAUCUUUCUUCCUGGCUAUUACUGAAUUUCACCUACAUGGAACCAUAUACUAUGUAUUUUUGUGACUGGCACCUUUCGUUCAACAUUAUAUGUUUGAUAUUUCAUCACAUCUUUGCAUGUGAAAAAUUAUUUUCCAUCCUGUGUAAGAAUCCAUUGUGUGACUAUGUCACAAUUAUGUAUCUAGUUGUGGUGAGUGUCCCAAACUCUGAUGCCUUAAUUUCUCACACUCUUAUGUCCUUCUAGAACCAUCCAGAUAGAUCUACCCAAUCUUACUGGAAUCUGGGAAGCCAUGCUGGGGCAGGCCCAGGCAUCCUCAAGUGAGAGAUACUGGAAGCUCUGGUGGCCAGAGAGAACCUGGCUGGUGUCCCCAGCAUGGAGUCUGGCUCUCGCCCAUCACCUUUGCAGCUAACUCCUUCAGGGCACAUUAGGGAGUCCCCACGCACCCCAUGUCUCAAUUUAGUAUAGACGAUUGCCCCCAAGGCUCAAUCAAGGAAAUCCAGUAGCAGGAUGUGGAUCUAUCAGGAUAAUUCUGGAAAAAACAAAACAGUGCAAGAAAUUAAGACAUCAGAGUUUGGGAGACUCAGCAAUAUUUUGGAUGCAGAACUAGCAUCAAAGUUAACCUUGUUAGAGAACAACAGUGAAAAUGACAGGUUUCUGUGCAGCAAUGACAGGAAUUCACAUUUUUGAGCACCUCUUCAACAAAAUCUGUUGCACAUAUAUUUCUUCAAUGAAUCUUUCUGUAAAAUUUAUCAGGGCUCCAUGUUAUCUGCACUUUCCUAAGUAGGGAAAUUCAAAGAGAUUAAGUACCUUGUCAAAGGUCACACAACAUGGCAUGUUUGUUGACCAUGAUGGGGCCCCAAAAAGAAGACCCCUGAACCCAACCACUGUCUGGUGAAACCACCUCCUGUAAACAUAUAUCAUACCUUAGAUUUAGGGGAUUGGUCCAGGUAUGGACUUUAAGACACACUUGGGUUUUGGAACCAGGGGAGAGCUUGGGCUUGGCUCAAAAAUAUUUCCAGGAAGUCAGAUAUUUUUGUUCAGCACAUGUUGCGGGGAAACCAAAGCUAUUAUUGAGAAAGGAAGUUGUUCAGCUUUCUCUAUCAUCAACAGUUUGUAGAGGGACCUGAACAAGGAUGAGAGGACCUAACAAACAGACAGCACCCAUGCAUGGGUCAGUUCUGUGGGGCUCCUGGUUUCUGCACAACAGAGGUGUACAAUAGCCAAGGAAGGAAAGUAAGUGUAUUAGGUCCUACUGAGAUCUACAAGGGGAGGCAUGGGGGAGUUACCUGGAACUCCCCAGAGACUGGGGCAUGGACCCAUAGCAAUCACACGGACAACUGAGGUUUUCCACAACUUCAGUUUGAACACAAGGUUUCAGCUUGGAUGCUAGGGUUAAGGCAAGAAUUUGGAAAAGAGUUUAAGUCUCCAUGUGACUUCUCUUACAGUGUUAUGAAUGAAUAUGAGAAGGCAAAUCCUUCUCCCAGACCACAAUGUCCUCUUUCUCAGUAGAGAAGUAAGAAGCUCCUUCCAGGGCACCUGGGAGGCAAAAAAAAAAAAAAAAAAAAAAAAAAAAAAAAAAAGGUGUUUAGGGAUAAGUUUGAUUCUGAGAACAAGUUGGCUGUUGAGAUCCCAGGGAAGAGAAGAUUAAAAAAAGGUUUUGGGGAUUUGUGCCUAGAAAGAUGUUCUAGAGGCCUUCCCACUGGAAUGAUCUAGGUUCUGUGACCCUAAGUGGGGUCUACAUUCUGUAGAACCUGAAUUCCUCAAGGAAAGGAUGCUGUGGAAUGCAUGAAGUUCAGUAAUGUCCCAAAGCAAGUUCUGGUUCCUCAGCCCAUAGAUGCCAGCAGACAACACAGGACACUGGUUCUCAGCUGGGGCAACGUGGCUGUGUCCACACAUGGACCGUUAUAAUAGUGUCUGGAGACAUUUUUAGUUGUCACGACUGUGGAGGGGGUUCUACUGGCAUCUAGUGGACAGAAGCCAGGGAUGCUUGUCAACAUCCUGCAAUGCCCAGGAUGGUGCUCCCUGCCCCCCACCCCCCCACACACAGCAGAGAAUCACUAUCUAACCCUGUCAAUAAUGUUAAAGUUGAAAAAAAAAAUCUUGUCUAGGAUGCAAUGCUGGUCACCAUUUCCAAAAACUAGCUGAAAAAUGUGCCAUGAACCCCUGGAAAAUGUGUUAUACCCUGAGAUAAACUCAUUUUUUACAGCAACAAAGCCAUGUUUUAUUAGACAGUGACUGUGUGUGUGUGUGUGUGUGUGUGUGUAGUAACAUUUCCAUGUACCCUCUGAUAUACAAUAUCAAAUAUUUCACAUAUCAGAAUAUACUAAGAAAAGUAGGUUUUGCCAUUUCUCAAAACAUAGCCCUCAUCUCUUUUCAGUUCCGCAUUUCCCUCAAGAGUAAGUUCUAUUGCGGAGGGCACCUGUUGGGAUGAACGCUGGGUGUUGUAUGGAAACCAAUUUGACAAUAAAUUUCAUAUUAAAAAAUAAAAUAAUUUUUUAAAAAAGAGUAAGUUCUGACUUCUGUCGCUAUGUUACUACAGACAAAUAAGCAAAUUCACCAUCUGUCUAUCACUGGAAUAUAACGUGUUUGUCAUGUUCAUUUUGUCCCAGGAUGAAGUGACCAAGUAACCCUAGCAUCUCCCCUGAAGGGUCCAAAAUAUGCUUCAGAGAUGGAUAUUUUUUGGAGGUUUAGCAUUUAGAUUUUGCUUUGUGCUUUCUUAGGUGCAGUGUCUUUGGCAAAGUCACUUCUCUUAAAGACUCAUUUUCACUAUUUUUAAAAUCUGUCAGUGGUGUCUUCCAAAAGAUGGGAGAGACCCAGGACACUUGGUGUAUUGAAAGGCAAGAGUGAUGUAUUACAGUUAAAAUGAAGUGUACAUGGUAGAGAAUUUGAUUUGGAAUAUUUGGCUUCCCAUCCUUGAAGAAUUAGUGAUGCCAGGAGUCUACAGCUAACUACAGCUAGUCUACAUCUAACUAUCUAUAUACCCCAUGAUCUGUAUCUAGAUAUAUAGAUAGAUGGAGAUAUGGAUAUACAGAUAAGUAUAGGCAUAGGAGUUUCUUUCUUUACAGAUGAUGAAUAGCUCCUGAAAAGAUUCCUCUACAUGCUGGCAUUGAGAAAAUACCAGUGCAAGAGUAUACUCUCUUGCUAGUCAAGCCCAAGUGGAUAUACUCAGUCCCUGGAUUCCAGAGAAGGUACAUGGGUCCAUAACAGGCAAGGCCACAUGGCUGUUCACUAAUGGUCCAAUGGAGAAGAACCUCUGUCUCUAUGGCACCAUCUUACAUUCUGCCCCAGAGCCUUCCACUUGGUUGUGGGAUCUGGUUUGAAUAAGGAUUUGAGCCCAUUAGACAUUGGUCAAGGAAAACACUCACUUCUCAUGGGAAACUUAAGCAGGACGUUUGGUCUCCUUCAGACCCCAUCCAAGA